UUCUCUUACAAUUUUGGAUCGCUCACUUCUAAUCAGGUCAUGGCGGAGGAUAUGGAAAUUGAUCAUAUUGUGGAUGUACCUGAUACCCCAGAUAGAUUAACUGUCAGGCAUGAUGAUCGGAAAUAUGUAGGUAAUCCUGAGAAGAGGGAGAGGGCUUUUCCUGUCGCUGAUGAAAUGAAUAGCUGCAGCAACUAUAUAGCAGUGUACCCCUCAGAGAAAUCUUAUCCAUCUCAAAAUGCUCCCAUUUUUAGGAGAGCCCAAACUGAGAAAAAUUUUGGACCUAAGACAGAACACUCUAAUGGAGCUGGAAAGAUGGAAAAAGGGAAAACUAUUAGCUCUAAGUUUCCUUCUAAAUCAUCUCACCAUGGGCCUAUUUCUGUUUUAGAUUUGACCAAAGAGAAUGGACAGUUCCAGCCUUUGAAACCAUCUUUCUCACAUCGUGGAUCAAGAGAAAGUAUUGGGAACACUUCAUUACCAUUCAUUUCUGAUUCUUCUGAUACAUCUAGAAAUGCCUUCACUGGAAAAUGUAAACUAGAUAAUAAAACACUUCCAGGUCGUAAUAUAUCUAUGGACCGUGGCAAGAGCAUUUCUCUGUCAAAUGAUUCUCAUGCUCAAUCAAAAACUGAUAGGCAAGAGUCUUUGCCUCCUCGUUUUUCCACCGCUCCAAGGAGUAGAGGGCACAAGAGAUUGGUACGAAACGGGUGCAUUUCACCACACAAUAUUGCAUCAAGGGCAAAACAGUCAGCUGAGCAGAGCAGCCAUCAAACCAAUGAUGUUGAGCACAGUCUUUCUGGGCAUUCAGUUUCUAGCAUUACAAUGUCACCAAUUACUGUUGAUGAUAUAGUUGCUGAAGGGAGAGGCAGUGGUAGAGUGAAAGGAAAGGAAGUACUUAUUCAUCCAUCAUCACAGGAACUGAAUGCUGGAACUAUUCACACUGUUAACAGCAGCCCUGUGAUCAAUUAUGAAGAUGCCAAUGCUACCAGUAAUGCUAUAAGAAAUUCACUUAAAUUCUCUGGGGGACAAGGUGGUUGGAGAACUACACAUAAUGAGAAGAAUGCUGAUCAGCACUUGUAUGAUGUAAAUGGGCAUUGUUCAAGGAGAAAUUAUGAUGCUGGAAGAUUUGUUAAUAGACAGAAUACGAACAGAAUGGACAGAAGAGACACUGGGAGCAGUCAAAUCAGAAAGGAGGUUCAUGGUUCUGUAUUAGAUCAUACAGCUCAUCCAACUUCUCUGAUCAUUCCGGAGGUAGACCCAACAACUGGAACACGACCUACUGCUGACACACUGACUAAAAGGCAAAGGAAACGUGGAUCAACUUUGGGAAAUCCUAAUGAAGCUUCUUAUAAUUCAGAAAUUAUGUUCCUCGGUUCAUCUGGGGAAUCAUCAAGCUCAUCCCGGAGCCCUGUCUUGGAUCCUGAAAUGAUUGAGUUGUUAUCCACACCUGAGUACACCAACAGACUUUCUGAAGAUUUAGAUGACAACGAAAAUAAUAGCUCAGAUGCUCGGGCAAGACAAGUAGAAGCAGAUGAGAUAUUGGCUCGUGAACUCCAAGAACAACUGUAUCAUGAUGAUUCUUUUGAAGGAAGAAGGAUUGACGACCAUUUAGCGUGGGAGAUACAGCAUGCAGAGGAUCAUCUGCAUGCAUCUGUUGAUAGUCACCAUAUUUCUUAUCCUACAUGGAUACCAAGGGCAAAUAGACAGCCUCGCUCACGGUCUCGUCAAAGUCUUUCAAAUAGGAGGAGAACUGUGCCUCAAGUUCAUUUCUCUAAUAGAAUGUUACAGUUGAGGAGUCGCAUUACAAGUCGGUCUCCAACACCAUUCUUGUCUAGAGAAAGACGCCCCCGGUUUCCUCUGGAUAUGGACUUAGACAUGAGACUUGAUAUAUUGGAAGCGUUAGAGGAUGCAGUGGGGGAUCUUAGUGAUAUGGGAGUGGCUGAUGACAUUUUUCAUGCUCAUCGCGAUUUCAAUGAAAACGAUUAUGAAAUGUUAUUGGCCCUUGAUGAACAAAAUCACCAACAUACUGGUGCAUCUGCCAAUCAGAUCAAUAGCUUGCCACAGUCCACCGUCCAGACUGACAACUUCACAGAGGCAUGUGCCAUAUGUCUUGAGAAUCCAGUCAGGGGAGAAAUUAUUCGCCACCUUCCCUGUUUGCACAAAUUUCACAAAGAUUGUAUUGAUCCUUGGCUCCAUAGGAAAACGUCAUGCCCAGUGUGCAAGUCAUCUAUCAGCUAAUUCAUUUUGGAAUUUAAAUGGUUAAUUUAUCAUGCUGCGGUGGAUUAUCUCAGCCGUCUCAUUUUGUCUUUUGAGGUAAAGCAAUGCAUGACAAUACCUUUCUGCUAGAAGUUGAAAUUGUAAUAAAGACAUGCUUCCUUUUCAGUGUGCUAUUUUAACUUCUUGAUCUAUUAAUUAUCAAAAUAUGAAUAUUACCGUAUAGAAAAAUUUGCAAGUUGGCAACUUUUAUGGUGCUGAUAUAGUGUUACUGUCUUUUGGAUUAU